AGUUGAUUACGAAACCUCAACGCAAUUCGACGCGUUUUUUGGUAGUGCGAAGUUUGCUUCAGUUCCUCCGGUGGAUAAGUUUAAGUGAGCGAAGUUUGUUGGACUUUGGUUGAACAAUAGAAUAGUAGUUCGGUGAAGCGUGGAACAAGUUUGGAGCUGUGAACUGAACUUUAAUGACGGUUAAUUGCUUGGAUAUUGAAGAGUAAAAGGUAUCGCAAAAAAGUCCUUUCGCUGCCCGCGACAGUUCGAUCGGGAGGAAUCUGAUAAUUGGAUAAGUGAUUUUCAAGGGCUCGGAAAUGAGUUCAGCGUAUUUGCAGUACAAUCCGUCAAUGAUGUACGGAGGAGGAGGUGGUAUGGAGUCGUCAUAUAAUCACUACGGAAUGACAACCAGUUCGCAGUGCUACGGGUACGCAACCGAUGGGGCUUCCUCGGAAGGUUAUCACAGCCCAGGACCGGAGCCUAGUCCGGAAUCAUAUUACGCAUCCCCUGAAGAGAGCAGUCCGGCCGGUUUCAAUUAUGGAUACAAUGGAUCUAAUUCAGCGAUUAACGGUUACGUCGAUCCGUACUACAACUACACGAGCAACAAUUUCAAGACAGCCAGUCCAACGAUCCCGAAGCUGAUACCUGAUAGCUUUACGUCGAUUAAUAGUAGCCUGUCGAGGUAUUCUGGCGAUUCCAAAUCUGACAAAGUGCCCUGCUUCGACCGAAUCUACAGUCCUUACCCGAUACCAUCGAGAAGUUUGGCACCUACCACCCUGCAGUCCAGUUCACCGACCCCGAGCACCCUCAGCAGCAGUAGCAGCAAUGGAUCUCUCUGUACCUCAUUGCUCGCGGGUGGCUGCAUCCAGCCGGAGGUCGUGAAAAAACGCCGUCUGGCGGCCAACGCACGCGAGCGGAGGCGUAUGAACAGUUUGAACGAUGCGUUCGAUCGCCUCCGGGAUGUGGUACCUUCGCUCGGCAACGAUCGGAAGCUGUCCAAGUUUGAAACUCUUCAGAUGGCCCAGACGUAUAUCGCGGCGUUGAACGAGCUGCUGUCGAGGAACUGAUGAUGAAGAUGGGGAGGAUUGGGGACGUUGGAAGUGAGUGACCAAGGCUGCACAAGUGUGAUUAGAGAUAAGUGGGCCAUUCUGAGUCUAUAAGAAGAUAUGCACAUUUUGACAGACCAUUGUAAAUGAUUUAUUCUACACACGCAAAUGUUUCUUAAAUUGUUAUUGUUUUUUUGACGGAAAUCUUUAAACUGGUUGUAGUAGAAUGUUUACAAUCUCCUUUUGUCACAUAACAUUGCAGCCAGAUAUUUUUUGUUUGUAUAUUGAUCAUCAUUAGUAGGCGGUUUUAUCUAAAUUUCAAACGUACCAGCCAAAUUCGCAUAUUUGGCCUAUUUGCUGUCAAAUAAGUGAGUUCGAGUAGUACUUAAAAGCACAGUAUAGCUUUCGCGUGAGAAUGAACUAUUGGCAUAGAGGGAUCUGUAUCCCGAUUAUUGUAAAUACAAAAAACUAUAUAAGCAGACGUAACACGUCUGGCGUAUAUUAUUCGUGUGCUAGCAGACCAAUUAUUAGAUUUGUACUACUUAGUUAAGGUCACGUCUCGUAACGUAAGAAAUCGUUUGAACUGUAUAGAUUAACCACAAGUUUGCAAGUUCCUCGUAAUUAUCGCCUACCUAGCUUGUACCAAGUAUUUACGCCGAAGAAGUAAAAAAAGGCGCCUAAACACUGUCUAAAAGUGUUUGUUCGAUAAACAUGUAAAUAAUAUUUUAACGAACCACAGACAGCCUCCUCCGACUUCGGCGUGCUGGCUGAGCCAAUGAUGACUGGGCCCUGAAGUGACGAUUAUUGGCCAAUUAUCGAAUUAUCCGGCAGCGCUCUCGCUGCUCGCUGUUAUGAGGCUCGGGCCCGGUCCCAGAAGCGAAGCCACCAAAGUCGUACGGGGCAGUCCCCGGUGUGUUCGCGCGCGCUGCACAGGAAAAAUGUGGACUGAUUCGAUUAGGUUUAAAUUAUAGAUGAUGUGGAAUAUAGGAGGAAAAAAAAACAUUAAAGCGUUUGAGAAAUCUUCGUACGGAGUAAAAACGAUAAAAGUAGCACCAAGAGACGAAAGACUUGUUACUUAAAUUAUAUCGAUUUAGGACACACAAACACUCCAGUAGAGUGAGCUUUUCAGAAGUAAGGGGGGAAAUAAAUCCUAAGUGUAAAUACAAGAAAACGAACAUGAUUGUGCA